CAGCAAACAGCGUAAACCACCGUAUACCACCACGCAAUAUCCCUAUUUCCCCUAUAUGCUCUGUAGCACGUGGUGCGUUAAUGCAGGUACGCACAUGGUAUGAAUGCAGUUGCUGCAUUGGAGAUGAUGUCAGAGAUAAGCCUGGAAAGUGUGAAUGAUAGUAUCGUCAGUCUGUUUGAAUGUCCAGUGUGCUACGAGUAUUUGGCUCCACCAAUUUAUCAGUGUAAACAUGCUCACAAUAUCUGCUCAAAUUGUAAGCUACAAGUGACAAGAUGCCCAUCUUGUUGCGAGAUAUUUCUUGAUUCACGAAGUGUUUUUGUUGAGCAGAUAGCAGAACGGCUGCUGUAUCCAUGCAAGAAUGUUGAGUUUGGAUGUAAUGUAAAGCAUUCUUUGCAGGAUAUGGUAGAACACUAUAAUGACUGCCCUCAUCGUAUGUAUGAAUGCCUGCCUGGCAAGGCAACAAGCUGCAGGUGGAAGGGCAGAAGCACUGAUAUUCUCAUGCAUAUGAAGAACACCCAUGUGGAAAGUUGUUGGAUGGUUGAUGAAAAUUGUAUUCUCUAUGAGUUAAAUGUUUUUGAUGGAACAGAAGAUAUCCAGCUUAUAGCAGCAUGUCGUGAAGUAUUCUGGUAUAAUUUCAAAUGUGAUGUAACAGAAAAAAAAAUGUUUUUAGCAGUGCAGUAUAUUGGUCCCAAAGAGCAGGCCAGCAACUUUACAUACGAAUUUGAGUUGCGUGCUAAUGCUGAUCAAGAAAUGAGUAUUAACAUGAAAAACAGAACUCAUCCUGAUACAGAAAAAGUUUCUGAUAUUUAUGAAUCUGCUUGCUGUGUUGUAUUAGAUUUUGCCAUGUUAAGGCAUUAUGUAAGCAGUGACAACAAUCUGUGUUUCAAUUUGCUGGUGAAGAAAAUAGUGACUAUGGAUUCUGCAUGCGAUACCAAGGAUGGUGGAAGUGUAAUAUGAGUAUUAGGCUGGGCGCACACCAAGAAAACUGGCAACCUCAACACAACCAUGAUUUCUGAGAAGUGUUAUCAGCCAGGGUUGAACACAUGUUAGUGACUGGAGCAGCGCAAAUUGAGGAAACCGCAACACAACUCGCGUAAAAACUCAAUUUCCAGGCACUGGAGCAUGCCAGUCUUCACACGAUUGAGUUGCUGCAUGGAUUCCUAGAAAUCAGCUGUUCUGUAAUGCACUUCAGUGAUUCAUUUGUUUGUUAAGAUGGCAUGAAGAGUUGCCAAAACUGCUAAUUUAUUCUUAUGCAGUUAAUUGAGCAAGAGCCGGGCAUAUAUAACAAAUGCCAUCCAGACUGCCAAGCGGGGAAGUAGAUUUGGCUUGGGAAAAAAUUUUCAUGAGAUGAAGGAAUCUGGUAUGUGUAAACAUGUGUAUAUAACCAAAACUUAUAAGAUCAAAAUACAGAGUACGUCUGCUAAAACAGUGCAAACGAUUACUACAGUAUGACCCAUGCUUUGUGAUAAAAGUCAACAGGUGGGUUAGUCCUCAUCCUUUACAAUCAUCAGCUGAAUUCAAUUAAUAUAACUCCACUGAGACAGAAUUGCUCCUGCUGGUGUUAAGGAGUAAUCAGCCAGCUGAUUUCACAGGCGCUGUGCCCUCGACAAUCUCUGCUUUCCAUCAUAAUUUUCAUUAUAAUAAACAAUGUAAAGAAAGAACAUCUAGCAGUGGUAUUGUAUUUGCUAAGAGGUCUGUUGAAUAUGUAUAUCAAUAAAAAGAUGAACUUUCCUAACAUCAUA